GUUGUUUUUUGCUAAUUGUGUUAUUACUUGAACGGCAAAAGGCAACGCAAACCGGAAUAGAAUUAAAGAAAAAACAAUAUAUCGAUGUAUCGGCAAGUAAACAGCUGGUCCGACAACAACAACAGCAAUUCACAAAAAAGCUUUAUUCACCAUAGCUCCAAACUCACCAAAUAGCGAAAAAUUACAAAAAAAAAUUUUUAAUUUGAAAUGGACGAGCAGCGCAGCGACAAAAUCUAUGGCGGAUGUGAGGGGCCAGAUGCUAUGUACGUGAAAUUAAUUUCAUCAGAUGGCCAUGAAUUUAUUGUAAAGCGGGAACACGCUCUCACCUCGGGGACCAUUAAAGCCAUGUUAUCCGGGCCAGGACAAUUUGCGGAAAACGAGGCUAAUGAAGUGCAUUUUCGAGAAAUACCAUCACACGUUCUGCAAAAGGUGUGCAUGUAUUUCACAUAUAAAGUACGAUACACCAAUAGUUCAACUGAGAUACCAGAAUUUCCAAUUGCACCCGAAAUCGCAUUAGAACUUUUGAUGGCAGCUAAUUUCUUAGAUUGCUAAAUUAUUGGUUAAUUUAAUAUUAUAUACGUUUAAACGAAAAAGAAACAACAACAAGAAAACAAAAAACAAGAAAAAAACAAAGCAAAUUUGAAUAAAACUUAAUUUCUCGCCUCUGUUAA